AAUUAGAUACGAAUUUAUUUACAAGAUUCAACUGUUUAGUUUUUAAAUUUCAAUAAAAAAUAUUUAAAUUAAAUUAAAAGUAAAGAGGAAAUAAUUAAAAAUGUUAGUUUCUGAAGCGGCGAAAAAAAAAGAGCGCAUUGUGCCAUUGAGAGAAAUGUUUGAAGCGUACUGUCAAUUGGACACAUUGGCUGACGUGAUAGAGGUCGACCUGCUGUCGUUUUCCCAACUUAAUAAAUGGCUUGUAGACGCGAAUGUAAUCGACGAGUCUCGUGUGACAACAACAGAUGCAUUUCUGUGUUUUUUUCAAUUCAAAAAACGCGCCAUUUCCUACGAUGAGUUUCUCGUUUAUCUUGAAGAUUUGGCUGACACCAAAGAAUUAAAUUUGAGUAGAAUUAAAUACAAAUUACAGACAUGCGGCAAACCACCAGAACCUCGGGAUUCAUCAGCAUAAAUUGUUAAUUAUUACGAUAAUUAAGUCUUUAGUAAAAAUAAAUUUAUUAAUUGAGAAAUCAUAUUUAUUUUCUCAAAAAUUUUUUACAUUAUUUCCAGUUACCGUUUCUUUUUUUUCAAAUUUAAACACUCAUUAUUUGUAUUCAAUAAAUAAACUCUUUUGGAAAA